UGUUUAUGUCAAUCUUUGGUUAUGGUCUAUUUUUAAAAAUGUUUUAGCUUUAACUGAAUUUUGUAUUUUCAAUUAGUUUUAAAUGCAGUGAUACAUGAGAUAUUUCUUUCCAUUUGUAGGUUCAGUUAUUGGUGUAUUCCAUUACCAACUGUCACUGAGGCCAAUACAACUUUUACCAAGAAUAAUGGAAAAUAUUGGACAAAUUGAUAUUCUUUUAAAAAGACUUUCUGAAGCGGAGCGACGAGCUAAAUUGCUUAAAUUAGAAGUAAAAAGUAUUCGACAAGAGAUAGCUUCCUUGCACAAUAGUAUUGCAACUGAACAGAACCAAAAAAAUAUUAUUAAUAUUAAUAUAGGACAAAGAGUUGGAACCAGGCGAUCACUCAUUCUAAUCGAUCCACUUCCAGGCUCCUCUACGACAGAGACGGAUGGUCCUGCUGUUGCGGAGUCCUCAGGUAGUUCAUUCGUUGAAAGUUCAACUUUCACUGGUCCAGCAGCAAGAAAAAAACUCAAAGCAUCAUUCAAUAAAGAAGGAGACCAUGUAAUAGUUUAUACCGAUGGAUCAUGUGAAAACAAUGGCAAAUCUAAUGCUAAAGCUGGUAUCGGAGUGUGGUUUGGAGAUAACCAUCCCCUGAAUAUUUCAAAGCCGGUCGAAGGAAAAGCCACCAAUAAUACAGCCGAGAUACAAGCAUGUAUUCAAGCACUCCACCAAUUGAGGGAUCAAGGUGAAAAAAAGGUGAAGAUAAUAACUGACUCACAGUUCACAAUAAACUGCAUAACAAAAUGGAUUAACAACUGGAAACGAAAUAAUUGGAAGACUGCUUCAGGUGGUGCUGUCAAAAAUAAAGAGGAUCUUCAAAAGUUGGACGAAAUAAUCAAAAGUUUUUCAGAUGUUAAAUGGCAUCAUGUCGCUGGCCACCAAGGCAUUAAAGGAAACGAGGAAGCUGACAAGUUGGCAAGGAACGGUGCACUUUCGUAUCGAGCCACUCGAAAGUGAAAAUGUAAAUAUGUAUCUUUAAGCAUUUAUUAAAAAACAUUUAGAACGUUUU